UCGCGUUCCAUCGAUUUCGUGUCGAUUAUUCGCCCCGUGCCCCGUACGACGCACGACCUACUUGCCCGCCGCCGCCGCCGCCGCCGCCGCCGUUCUCCUCGCCUCACUUGUGGGAGCGGGACGUCGAGUUUGUCGCGAAUCGUUGGUAUAUCCGUGUACACAUACGGUGCCGUCGUUUAGCACACGUGCCAAGCAAUCGGUUCUCUCGGUCGUGCUUCUGUUAGUUCGCCCUCGCGCUCGAGAAAAAAAAAAAAAAACAAGUUGGUCCGCGCGACGAUAUUUUUAAGUCCGCGUUCGACGUAAUGUGUGACUUUAUUAGGCAACUCUUGUGAACUCUGUCAUUUUCGUUUGGAAAAAUUUUGCGUGUGGAAACUUGGGAAUAUACAAACCUGACGAGAGUUUUCAAGAGUUGGAGACUCCAAGCCUAGUGUCAUGCUAAAGAUAUGGACGGAAGAAUUUUUAUCCACCAUAUCGAAACUAGAUCCGAAAUUUAUAGCACUGCACUGCCAAGAAGUAGGUGGAAAAAAUUACGAACAGAGUAUGAGGCAUGUCGAAGACUUUGUUAGAUUACUAAUGUCAUCGGAAGAAUUAAGAUUGUUUGACAAAAUUAGGGUAUUCCUUGACGAGGAUUAUUCAUCCGCUGAACAUUUCACAGCUCUAGGAAAUUUCUAUUUCGUACACGAGUCCUUGAGCGAUGUUUUAUUAUGGGAUUUUAACGAAUGUACUUUUAUACCGGUAAAUGGGAAAGAAGUUCAUUCUGGCAACAUAGAAGCAGUUACAACCAAAGAAAAAGCCAAGUUCCCUCAAGAAUUUUUCCCAGAAUGCAAAUGGUCCAGGAAGGGUUUCCUGCGGACUCGAUGGAGUAUUAGUGGAACAGUUUUUGAUCUCAUAAACAUACAUUUAUUUCACGACGCGAGCAAUUUUAUUGCUAUGGAGACGUUCCCAUCGGUAUACAGUAAAACGCGUAGAAGAGCGCUCGAGCACACAUUAGAUAGAUUUCAUAACGACAAGUAUCCAAAUGUGCCGUAUUUUUUAUUUGGUGACUUUAAUUUUAGGACAGACACGGCAAGCGUGAUAAAGAAAUUGACAGAAGAUACUCAAGAAAAGAGGUUAUCAAAUAAAGGAAAUAUUUCUAAAUUGCAAUUUCACAAUAGAGACGAUGAUCUCAUAUUAACGUUAGGGAAAAAGGAAUUUUCACAUUACGAACAUCAAAACGUUUUCAUGAAGAAUGGUGGUGAAUGGUUACGCGAGUAUGACAAAGAAUUGGGAGAUUUUGAAGGACGGUUGUUCGAGUUUUCAAUCAAUUUUGUGCCCAGUUAUCCGUUUCAAGAAGAUGUAAACGAGCCUGUAAAUUACAUGCAAACGAGAGUGCCGGCUUGGUGCGAUCGGGUCUUGUUGAGCCCCACUGCGAAAACAUUAGUCCAAGAUAUAAAUGAUUCAGAGACAGUGGAGUACGGUAUAAUCGGUUCAACUACAUGCAUGGGUGAUCACAAGCCAGUCUACUUGAAGGCUAGUCUCAUCUCAGACGCAGGUAUGAUAGACUGCUGCAGCUUGCCAAUUGCACCUGAGUUUUGCUUCCGAGUGCCCAACAAUUACCCGGAGUUGUUGUCUAUGUUGCCUGAUUGCAAUAGUUACGCUAACGUGCGCGUGGAUUUUGUUGAUCGUUCGUCUAAUCUGUUGCACGCAAUACCCGUUAAGCAUGAUCCUUACACUCCAGAUAGUAUGGACAGUCCGAGUCCGAACGCGCUUAUGGCCUCCGGAGAGGUUCCGGAUCUUGAUACGGAUCACAUUGAUAGCAACAAUGUCGCGUCGUCCGCACUGCGAUCGACGAUCCAAAUCACAUCGACUGCCUCGUCGAGACGUCUCGUCAACCGAGCCGUGUCGCCGGCUCUACUAAAAUCCAGACUGGAGCUGAUUGUGCAAAAUAAGAGGCACGAGGACGCGGAUCUGGAUAUAGACGUCUCGGAUAUUAAGAGGAGUCCCAGCGAGUGCCAUCUGCGUUUCUGGCCCGACGCCGAGGAUCGGCACUGGUGCGUGAGAAAGAACAGAUGCAACAGUGAUGUGUCGUGGCAACGGUCCCACGUUCUAACGGAGGCCUGGAUCCAAGGUAAGGGUCAUCAGGGAUACCACUCUUUCAGUAAUUUUGCGAAUCAAUCGUCCUCGACUUUGAGUCUGCAGGAUGUCGUCGACGGAUUACCACCCGAUUUAAUCAUACCGCGAAUAGCUAUAAUAAACGCUAGCAAUUUCGAAUCAAACGCGAGCUCUGUGUAUUUCCACGACGACAGAUUGAGCAAUUAUUCGGAAAACAAAUUGAGCGCGUACUCGGACGGUCGCACGAAAACGUUGAGCGGCGAAGCCGUGAGUUCGGAAAAAUCAGAUGAGAUUUGCGACAAGCCGGACGAGGAAGGAAAUAACAGAUUGACUCCGAAUGCAGAGAGAAUAAUAGAAAUUAAGAGUAAAGAUACGUAUCCGAAAAGUCACAGCGAGCCGCUAUCGAGCAAAAAGCCGUACUGCAAAAAGGACAAUGGAGAAUUCAUCGAAGACGAAUGCGACAUGUGCAAGGAGACGAAAUGUCAAAUAAUAGAAGCGCAAGCUCUCGUAAGAAGUACAUCUUAUAUGGAAAACGACGUCUUCUAUGAUAAUAGGACUAAUGACGAAUUAAUCAUGGAACGCGAUAUUCCGGACGAACCUUGUUUCAAAGGCAAAAAUACGCAAUUCACCGAGAUCCUAUUGGAGAAUCAACCGAAUUCUCAAGCAUUACGAAAAAUAUACAUGAAUCACGAAAAAGCCCACAUGGAUCCGGAUAGAACAAACGUGGAAAUCAAUGAUAAGCCGUACGAGAGAUUUGGCGCGCAAACAGAACCUUUCGGAGAUCGAGAUUGUGACAGCAAUGUGAUAAAGAUAUGCUCAGAUGUAUACGCGGAUCAUGCGGUAAGUCACGAUACAGAGAUUAUAAGUUGUGAGAGUAAACAAAGGAUGUGCACCUCCAAAUGCACGAGAAGCAACUCGGCACAUAGUCAGGAUAUCAGUGAUCACGCAGGGAAUGUCAGAUUAAAGUUGAAAGCUUACAAAGUCACUGAACGAUACAAGAGUAAUAUCAUGGGAAAGCGGACUAGGUGUAAAAAGUGUUGUUGCGUAAUAUCGUGAAAGAAUUCUCGCUUUAAUAUGCACCUUAGAAUCUGUGUAUAAUGUUCCUCUAUUGGUUGGUAAUGUUUAUUUAUCGUAUUGUUGCGUCCGUAAAAAUCAAGAGCAGAAAGUAUCGAUAAUUUUUUUUUCCUAUCGAAAAAUAUACGCGAGUGCAAAUCAUCGGAGUAAAAUCGUCGAUAUUUUCCGUUCUCUGGAAAUGGCGAUCGAUUAUCCUUUUUUUUUCUACUUACAUAGAGUAUUCCUUUGAUAAACUUUAUUCCGUCAUCUUCCCUCGUAUGUUCUCUCGACAUGCUAAGUAAUAGUGGUCGAGAUAACAUCUAUAGUCGCAUCACUGUUUAGCGUAAGACUAUAAUUUAUUUUUACACAAUGUGUAUAUUAUUUCAUCGUUGACUACAUGCCUAAUUAAUUGCUAUGCAUUCUUGGGCGUGUGAUUAGUAGAUCGUAUAAUUGAUGCAAUUAAUAGAAGGAUAUUACGUGAACAGACACACUUUGUAUAUUUCAUUGUCAAAGACGCUUAAAAACGACAUAAGCGUGACGUAAGAAGAGAAGGAUAUGAUGUUAAUUUCUCGCUUGCGCUUUGUGUUUUGUCGCGAAAUAUGAAUUUCAUACUCCACCUUGCAUGCCGCGAGAGACAUUGUCGGCGUGAAACAAUGUUUUGCAUGUGCAUGGUACUCUAAUAUCGACAUUCAUUCUACACAUAUUUUUACUAGGAGAUUGUACCCGAGUAAUGCAAAAUUCUGUUCUCUUCGUUGUACUUGUAUAUAAUUUAUAACUAGUAUAAUCACACGUUACGUAAUGUCGCGUUAUUUAGAACAUACAAAUUUAUCAAGGAUAGUUAUGAUAGAUAGUUUCGCCGCUGUACAGUGUCAAAUAAUAUGUACAGACUGAUAAAAUCAUUACCGGUA